GUCACUUUCCGUGGACGGAAGCAGCAGGAAGGCCCUUACCGGUCAGUGUUGUUGUGUGGACCACCUUUCCUCGUCCUUCAGCAGGAAAAUGAACUACAAAUUCAGCGGUUUCACCCAGAAGCUGACGGGCUCUGCUACUCCUGCCGCCCACAGUCCUCAGGGGCUGAAGCCAGGUUUGCCAGCAGAGUCCCCAACCAUGAUCUUUGCUACACCCACAAAGGUGGUGUCAGAGGGCGCAGCCACAGUGGAGUACAUGGGAACAAACAAGGUUCCUGACCUGCAGAAGCUUUUCCAGACGUCAGACGGUGUCCCCAUUCAUUUGAAGCGUGGAGUUCCCGACAGGCUACUGUACCGCACCACCAUGGCUCUCACUGUAGGAGGCGUCGCCUACUGUCUGGUGGCUCUUUACAUCGCAGCCCAGCCCAACAAAAAGUGACCAACACAAACACAAACCCGGGAACACAGUGUCGCUGCUCUAAUCAACCCAGCAUUCACAGUCUCCAUCUGCCCUCGCUACGCCACCUCUUGGGACUUUUUUUAGAUGAGAAUUCACCGCUGUCAGGACAUGAAACCAAUGAUAACAAUUCUAAUGUCUGUCCUCUUUGAAAAAGAGAUGUCUAAGUUAAUAAAUUUUAAGGGGAAGAAAGGUAAAA